UCAUUAUACUGCGUGUAUGUCACGAUGACCUCAUUAAAAUAAGCAUUAUAUGGGAGUGAAAGUAACACUGUCACCGAGUCUACGCUUCUGGACUGACCUUUUAAGGGUUGUAUACUUGGCAAAAACGGUGACAAUGGUGUGGACUGUGGCCCUCAGUAACCUGGUGUUAGCAGUGUAUGGAUUUACUCUGAUCACUGGCCUUCCAGCCAACAUCCUGGCUUUCUACACCUUCUUAAAGAAGGUUCGCCAGCGGUGCACCCCCAUAGAUGUCCUUUUGCUCAGUUUAACUAUUUCGGACCUGAUCUUCCUCUUCUUCCUGCCAUUUCGUAUGGUGGAGGCGGCAAACAUGAAAUGGACACUGCCGUACUUCCUCUGCCCGCUGUCGGGUUUCAUCUUCUACGGCACAAUCUACAACAGCACCUUCCAUCUGACGGCCAUCAGCGUGGAGCGCUACCUGGGCGUGGCUUUCCCCAUAAAAUACAAGCUAAAACGCAAUCCCCAGAAUGCAGUGAUAGCCAGCAUUAUAUUCUGGGUGGUAUCCAUGGCGCACUGCAGUAUCGUCUAUAUCAUGCAAUACCACAACAAUUCCAACCCCAACUUCACCAAUCCAUCCCAGCGGAAUUCUUGUUAUGAUGAAUUCAGCCCCGAACAGCUCAAAAUCCUCUUGCCGGUGCGCUUGGAGCUUUUCGCAGUGCUGUUCUGCGCACCUUUCCUCAUCUGCUGCUUCUGCUACGUCAGGUUCAUUCAUAUCCUCUCCAAUCUACCCAACCUCAACAACAAGAAGCGACUCAGGGCAAUUGGGAUGGCACUGGGAACGCUUCUGGUCUUCAUUAUCUGUUUCUUGCCCUACAAUGUAUCGCAUGUGGUGGGGUAUGUGCGCAACUACAGCCCUGAUUGGCGAGUGUAUGCGCUGCUCACCAGCACGUUUAACGCAUGUCUCGACCCAUUCAUAUUUUACUUCUCUUCCUCAGCACUCAGAGGGACAUUCAAGAACGUCUUGCGAGAACUGGUAAGGCGGCUGACCCUGCCCUGCUUUCGUUUUGGUCUCUACUGCCCCCUGUUGAACUGUGUGAAUUCAGAAGAUAGAACUCAGAGCUCAACUGAUAGCACCCUCUAACGCAAGUACACAAAUGCUUGGCCAAUGCAUUGCAAGUGUGCCAUUCAGUUGAACAUUCUUAUGGCACACUCUUUUAUUGCUCUGGUGGGAACAACCCUAUACCUUCAAAUGUCUGUGCCAUUAAACCAAAUUCUGAAGUGACAUGGCAAUAGUACCACAGAGAUUGAAGAAAUAUUCAACAAAUUAGGAUUGAAGUGUCAACUGGGAAUCAAUGGGGACAUGUUUAAAUUCUUAAAUGGCACCAAACAGAAUUUAAAAAAUAAUGAUUGUUUUCGGACAGGUUUUCGGAACACUCCACCAUCUUCCAUUGUUCAACCUGCAGAGUGAAAUUCCAAUUGGUGCCACUAGUAGCAUAGAAAUUUCACACUUAUCCUUUGUCACAUCUGCAUUUUUUUUUACAUUUUUCUUGUAUUCUCAUAUUGUGUAGGCGUGCUUGUAAUUUCAUAUAUUUAUAUAAAGAGAUGCAUGUCUCCUGUGUUUUGUGAUUCUACCUCUUUGGCUAAUGGCUGGACCAACAAGGGGGUCUGAGUUUGACUGAUUAGCUUCAUUUUCACACUGAAUGUCAUGUAAAUAUUGCACUUUCUUUUUGCAAAUUUUCUUUCCAAUUUUGUUUAAUUUUUGUACCUGUUUUUUUUGUCGGCACUUUGAAUGAUUUGAACAUUUAAUGAUGUACAUUUAUUUUUUUAUUGCCAUUAUUUUGUAUUAAGAUUCAAGGGUGUAUUGCUUUUUAAGAAAUUAAUUAUUUUUCAUAUACUAGUUUAUACCAGUAAAUGUUAUUUCAAAUGUAAAUAUGCACACUUAUUUUCUGCAAAAAUAGAUAAGCUUACUUGGAGCUGUAGCUUAGUAAUUAGCGCACACGUUCCACUCAGGUUGAGAAGUGUUGCUCAUGCAGGAGACAGGCUGGUUAGAACAUGACCCGUGUCCUGUAUAAAAUAACAUAAGCUUGCUUAAUUUGUGAAAUUAUACAUUAUAAUAUUUUUUUCUUGCAUUUGUGGGUGCAGUAAAGGUGCUGUAAGCGAUGUUAGCUAUUUUGCUAACUAUUUCCAAACUUGCCACUCAGUUAGACUAAUGUCUUCUCUCAAAAAUAACACUCCUUAACAAAAAAAAAAGAAAAAAAAAAGACCAAUCCGGGCUUGGUAUGGAUUAGCAUACUACCAUACUAUUACUAUUUCUGCCAUAUCUCAUAUUGCAGAAAAAGUUAAAGUAGUAUAGUAGUUUGAUAUUCUGAACACAGCACCGAUGUUAGCAAACCCAAGUGUUCAAAAUGACAGAGACAGAGAACGCAUGAGAUUUUAGCCAUAUUGGCUAAAACACGGAGCCCCCCAUUUUCUGAAACAGUUUUGCAUUCCUUUGCAAUAGGUUGUGUUCUCUCAAAAUAGCUACAGUACAUUCACUACAAAUUAACCAUGGUGUUACUAUUGUAAACAGGGCUUGACAUUAACAUCGCCCACCCGCCAAAUGCGUGUAGAACUCGGCAGUGGCGGGUAACUGUCAAUCUUACUAGCCGCUUUGGCGGGUGACGCUUUCAGGGUUUUUCCUGGAUUGAACAUUAUAUGAAUGUUGGGUCGCCGAAGCAAAUUAAAUUAUAUACAUCUUGCGUUCAGUGCUUUAAAGCUGGAUUUCCAUCACAAACCCACUCGUGUGAGUGAACCGCUCUGCGUGAUCCUGAGUAUGGGUGUCAAACGGGUUUUCAUCAUUAUCCACGCAUUAUCAUAAUACGCGCUCCAGAGAUAGCGCAGAGCUAGAUUAAACCAGGCUUCCCUCGAUAUUGCGGCGCAGAUCACAAAACUUAUGCAACCCAUUAGACAUUUUACACAGAUUAUUCCACAUUACAGCGCUUUGAAGGAAGUCAAACAUUUUAAACAGCUAGACAGCCUUGACAUAUUAAACAGUAAUGAUGAGGAAAAGGGGGAAACAACACUGUGGCAUGUACAGUACCAACAUAAAUUCCAAUACUUUUCAAUGUACACAUCACCCCCCCUCACACUUUCAGAAAUCAGAAUUUAUGCAUUUUUUAAACUAUUUUAUAAAUAUAUAUUUUAAGUCAAAGAAUAAUCUUUAAUAUUCUGGGUGGGCCUGGGUCUAAUUUGGGUGGGCCCUGGCCAACCCUUGGCUACGCCACUGCUUACAGCAUCUUUAACCAAACCAUCUAAAAGUAUUUAAAAUAGAUUAUUUUUCAUUUAAUUACAUGACUUAGCUAUCAUUUUAGUAUUAGCAUCAGGCAUUAGAAGUCUGAGCAAAGAGCAACACUUUUUGUUUUUGUAUAGCACUAUUUUACAAUACACAUAAUUUCAAAGCAGCUUUACAGACAAAAACUCUAUUUGUGUGAAAAAAAUAAGACAUUUUAAAAAUAAAGUUUCUUAUAACAAUGUCUGUGUACAAAUGAAUUCAUUCGUUACUUCAAAGAGCAAAGUGACAGACCAACAUUUCCUUUUGUUGAAAUUUCACAGUAUUUUUACAUAGAUAACAGACAGUGAUAUGAAUUACGUGUGCUUUAAAGAUUCAAGUGUUCUAUGUCCAAAAUCACUCACCAUUUACUAUAUAGUUCAUUAUAUGGGUUGUCAGGAAUUUGUUUUUAUUUUUUUAUCUUUGUGACUUUCUAUAGGCCUAUUCCAUAUGGAACAUAUGAUAUACUGUAGUGCUGUUUUAUACACAUAAUACACUGACUGAAAGUAUACAACAGAUGUACUCUACCUCAGUGGUUCUUUUUUAUUUUUUUUCUCAUCUGUGAAACAAAAAAUUAUAAACAACUGCUAAAUAAAUAAAUAGUAUUACAACCCCAAUUCUGAAAAAGUUGGGACAGUAUGAAAAAUGCUAAUAAAAACAAAAAGGUGUGAUUUGUAAAUUAUAAUCACCCUUUGCUAUACUGAAAGCACUACAACUAAAUAUUAUAUGAUGUUUUUCCUUGUGAAUUUCAUUGUAUUUUUUGAUGUACUGUCAUUUCAAAUCAGAUGAUUUCAACACACUCCAAAAAAGUUGAGACAGUCGAGUGUUUACCACUGUGAAACAUCAUUUCUUCUAAUAACAUUUAUUAAGUUUAAAAAGUGGAAUUUUCCCCCAUUCCUCCAUUAUGCAGAUCUUCAGCUGCACAAUUGUAUGGGGUCUUCAUUGCCGGAUGGUGUGCUUCAUAAUGCACCACACAUUCUCAACUGGACAUGGUCAGGACUGCAGGCAGGCCAAUCUAGCACCCGCACUCUCUGCUUAUUCGCCAGGAUGUGGUUUGAAAUUAUCCUGCUGAAAAUGCCUGGACAUCCCUGGAAAAGGCGGUGCUGGAUGGCAGUAUAGGCUGCUCCAAAAUUUGUACAUAUCUGUCUGCAUUAAUGGUGCCCUCACAGAUGUGCGAGUUACCCAUGCCAUGGUCACUGACACACCCCUGGCCCAUACAGACACUGGCUUUUAGACCUGAUGCUAAUAACAGCUUGGAUAUUCCUUUUCCUCUUUGGCCCGGAGAACACGACAGCUGUACUUUUCAAAAAGUAUUUGAAAUGUGGACUCAUCAGACCAAAAAACACGGUUCCACUGUCCUACUUUCCAUCUAAGAUGAGACCGAGACCAGAGAAGUCGGCAGCGCUUCUGGACAGUGUUGAUGUAUGGCUUCUCCUUUACAUGGUAUAGUCUUAACUUGCAUCUGUGAAUGCAGCGACAAGUGGUGUUGACUAACAAAGGUUUACUAAAGUAAUCCCAAGCCCAUGUUCAUGAUAUCCAUUACAGAUGAAUGAUGUUUUUUAAGAUAGUGAUGUCUGAGGGAACAGAGAUCAGGAGCAUUCAGAAGUGGUUUUCGUCUUGCCCUUUACGCACCAAGAUUUUACCAGAUUCCUUGAAUCUUUUAACUAUAUUGUGCACUGUAGGGAAUGAAAUGCCCAAAAUCCUUCCAAUCUGUCUCUGAGGAACAUUGUUCUCAAAGUGCUGGAUUGUUUGCUGAAGCAUCUGUUGGCAAAUUGACAAGUCUCAAAUGAUCCUUGCUCUUGAAGGACUAGGCUGUUUUUGGAGGCUCCUUAUAUACUAUAACACAAUUGCCUCACCUGUUUAACAUCUCUGGUUUCACAUCACCUUGUUAUUUUAACUUGUCAAAUUGUUAUUAGUCUUAAAUUGCCCCUGUCUCAACUUUUUUGGAGUGUGUUGCAAUCAUUUGAUUUUAAAUUACUGUAAAUUUAAAAAUAUCAAUGAAAUUCACAAGGUAAAACAUCAUAUAAUGUGUAGUUGUAAUGUUUUCAAUAUAGCAAUGUGAGAAUAUAAGUUACAAAUCACUCCUUUUUGUUUUUAUUAGCAUUUUUCAUACUGUCCCAACUUUUUCGGAAAUGGGGUUGUACAUUUCCACAAGGCUCUCAACUCGUUUUACAUCUAUGUUAACCUCCUGAGACCCCCGCGUGACUGUUAUGUGCAUUUUCCAUUUUCCUUUUUGAUUAGUAACUAGUAGCAUCUAAAAAUAAAAUAAUAAGAAUUCUGGAGCAAAUAGUUUUCCUAAAAAUUGAUGUCC